AUGUAUGUGUCUGUGACAAACUUGUGCAGUUUAGUCCUGGAUCGCUACAUUGCUAUUGUGAGGCCGUUAAGUUAUUUGACUCUUAUGACACGCAGAAGCGUUUUUCAGAUGAUUUUCAUGUCUUGGACCAUUCCAGUUGUCGUUCUCUUGGCGUUUUUAUUAAACUGGCUUGUUUUUGAAGAGAUUAUGUUGUUUAAAGUGCUCAUCUCAAUUUUAAUGGUAUUUUUAGAAAUCUUGCCGUCUUGUGUGUUAAUUUUCUGCUUUGGAUCAAUGUAUUAUGUUGUUUAUAAGCACGAAAGAGCCGCCCGCAUCUUAGCAAACCAACUCCGCUUUAACCAAAGAUUUUUGUUCAGAAUCAAGGAAAAGGCUGCCGUGAAAAUAAUGGCAAUUGUUAUUGGUAUAUUCCUUCUCGCCUUCUCAUUCGCUAUACGAUGUAGCUUCAUACACAUUUUGAAAGACGGAAAACCGUGUGAUGAUAAAGAAUAUAAAAUUCCCCUUCUUGUAUUAAACUCCGUUGUUAACCCCUUCGCUUAUGCCGUCUUCAAGAGAGACAUAAACAUGGAGAUAAAACGGUAUAUUUGCUGCGUCAUUUGUAAAAAGAAACAUCACAGUGAUCCAAUUUAUGAAAACAAUUUUUUUUAUCUUGCGCAACUACAAUGCCAGAGCAGCAUAACUUGAAUAAACUCUUACUCAACCAGAAUUUGUCUUGAACUAUUAACAUUUGUUCCACGAUCGAGUUAACAGCCUAUAACCUAAAUAUGAAAUUAUAAUUAAUAAUUUGCUUAUGGUGUGUGCAUGAUGACACGAGUAGAUCAUAACAAUAACAAAGGAUCCUCUUAAUCUCAUCAAUUUUUACUUAUUCUCGUUCCUUUCGUUUUAUUUUUAACUGUUAAGGUUACUUUUGUUUAAUUUUGCUGGUUUAUUUCAUUUUAUAGUUUUGCAAGUCAGUCUGUCAGUGAGUCAUUGCGUCAGUUUUCAGUCAUGUACCUGUCAUGAUGAAUUGUAAAUUAGGAGUUCUAAUUAAUUACGUUUACCCGCUUGGAGGUUGUUUAUUAGUUUUAAGUAGAUUAGGUUGUUUUGUCAAAAUGUGUAAUGCUUCUGUGGUGUUUUUAAAAGUGCAAGGACUUAGAGUAAAUAUUGAAAAAAAUAGAUUUUCAGAGAUUCGCUCGGCAGAGUAUGCAUAUGAUACAAAUCAAGAAAAUGUAUCCAGUACUUUUCUAGAAUAAAUUGGGAGUGAGUUCUAGUUUUGAUGUCGGUCACUUGGUAUACUGGAAGAAAUAAUUUUAUCCUGCAUGGCAAACAAACAAAUUGUGAAUUAUUGUGUUGAUCAUAACCAUUACAAGUUCCUUAAAUGUGAUUGGUGCAUCAGCUGCUUCAUUUUUCACUAAUCAUUCUGUACAGUUGUAAUCGGUCAGUGAAAUCGGACAGUUGGCUGUAAUCGGACACCUAUAAUCGGAUACUUGAAGCAGUCAAUCAUAUUAGGUCCACUCAGCUAAAUCUAAAAAUCACAUAAUUGAUCACAAUAACCAUAGCAACAACUACUUAUCCAAAGAAAAACAAGACAAUUUGCCAUUCUGAUGCUAUUUACGUUCCGCCACGAAAUCAUAAGAUUUGAGAAGUAGCCUAAGAAUGGGUAUCGUAAGUCUUAAUUCUGUCCGUGAAGAUAAGUUGCUUACAGGUAAUGAUUGAGUCUUUCUGAAAUUACACCCUAUCUUUGUCGAUCCUUCAGUGUACUCCAGGGUCUGCACUUUCUCCUGCUCCUACUCCUUCUCCUGCUCCAGAUCCUACUCUUACUCCUUCUCUUACUCCAUCUCCUGCUGCAGCUUCUACUCCUGUUGAUACUCUGCUAUAGCUCCUGCUCUUCCUCCUGCUCAACUCCAUCUUCAGUCCCCGCUACUAAUCUUGCCCCUACAUGUGCUCCUGAUCCUGCUUCAGUUCGAUCUUCAGCUUCUGCUCCUAAUCUUGCCUUACCACGCCCCUGAUCCUGCUUCAGCUCGAGCUCCUGCUAUUUCUUCCGCUACAGCUCCAUCUUCAGUCCCAGCUACUCCCUACCCAUGCUCCUGAUUCUGCUGUUCUGCUCCUGUCUCUGCCUUCUUUGCUAGUCCGUCAACUAUGCUUUCGUUACAUUUUUCCUUUUGGUAUUUCUUCCCGACAUUUUGAUUUCUCAUGCGACAUGCACCUAUAGCUUUGUUUCAAAGCUCAUUUUCUAGUUUCCCGAUCUUCAAUGCAUCAUUGAUUAUUCCGCUGCUUCAGGUGAAAAAUUGCUUACCUAUUUCAUUAGUACCAUAAUAUACUGCAAUUUUUCUCUCAACACUCCUAACUUGAAUUACACUCAUACGUAUACGUCUUUAGGCUCGUCGAAAUAUUGCAUGACAAACUAAAUCAUUUCGGCAUAAAUCCUGGAAUGCAUCUCAUACGCAGGUUGAAUAUUCUGGUUUUUUGGCUGUAUUUAGAGAGGUGAAUACUAUUCGUGUAAAUCGUAAGUGAAAAAAGAUUAUUGGUAGAAUUUCACGAUCGCACUUGUUAAUGUUGUGGUUUUUUUUAAUGCUUUCCUGCUUUAAAAUUCGUGGGGAGGGACCACGGAGAUUUAUAGUAAGUAAGACGGGUGAGCAAAAGUGAAUUAAAUAUUGUAACAACAGUAAAAUUGGUCCGCAGAUACGUGCUUUAACGCACGAAUUAAAAUACAUGGAGAAACCUUGAAAUACAUAUUUAAUAGUGUUUGUCACCAUUUAAAACAUGGUACUUCGACGAAUGAUACAUACGUCUUGUUCAUGAAAGGGAGCAGGAAAAACAAGCACAAGUACGAUAGCAAGAAUGACAACCUGGUUUUCGGAUGCUUGGCUGAUCUCUUUCUAUCGUAACCAUAACAAGAAAUGGAUUUAUUAUUAUCCUUGUUUGCAGUAAACGGUGGCUUCGAAUCGAAACCAACGCUUUUGUCGUUUCUCUUGCAUUGGCGGAUUUCUGUGUUGGGCUGAGUAUUGUUCCCUCGACAUUCGUGAGAGAGACGGUAAAAAAACUGUCAUCUGCUUGAACACGAAAAACUUUUUUAAGGCGUCCGUUCCUUUACUCUUCUUCUGUGAACUUGUGCAACGUAGUCCUAGAUCGCUACAUGGCUGUCGUGAAACCGUUAAGUACUUGACUGUAAUGAAAAGAUGCCACGCCGUUCAAAUAACUUGCCUCUAA